GACCACAGCAGCAGCUCUAGUUUGUUAAAAUAACCCAAAAUAAAAAUAACUGCUUUUGAAAUAAAAACAAAGAGACAGAAAGUUGGAUCAGAACCAUCUGGGUUCUGAACCGGUUACUGACUAAAGGAUGUUGACCCGGGUCCAGUAGGGAGGGCUUGCUAGAGGGUGGGGGGUAAACCCCCGGUGCGUGCACACGGCCCAGUGCGUCAGCGCGUAAAAGCCGUGCGUAACGUGGAUGUGUUCAGAUGAAGAGGCCAGCAGCGGGCAGAACCUUCUUCUAAGUGGGUCCCAGCAUGGACUCCAGAGCUUACUGGGGAGUGGACUGGUUCUGUAACAAGCAGGCAGAUCCCACCAGAACCUGAUCAGGCCGAGGAUCCGGAUGGACAUGGGGACGUGGACCCUGCUGGUCCUGCUGCUGGGACCAGUCGGAGCUCUGACGCCUCACAGUGGCUACUGCAUCGGUAAAGGGUGCUUCGCCUGGUUCCGAGUUCCGAGCGACUUCAGAACCGCACAGAGUCACUGCCAAGAUCUGGGGGGACACUUGAUGACGGUCCGCACCUCGGUGUCAAACGACGUUCUGUCCGUCCUGGUGGGAAACGUAACCGGGAGCUUCUGGAUCGGUCUGCAUCGACCCAGCGGCUGUCCGGAACCGGCUGCGAAGCUCAGCGGGUUCCAGUGGGUCACCGCAGACUCCGAGAGCGACUUCAGGAACUGGCUGCAGAACUUUACCAGCAGCUGCUCUGUGGAGCGCUGCGUGUCCGUUAACGGGCAGGACGGGUUCCGGUGGAGACCGACACGGUGCGGCCGGAGCACCGCCGGGUUCCUCUGUGAGUUCGGCUCCACAGAGCAGUGCCAGGCCCAAGCUGUCGGGCCGGGGGAGUCCGUCUCCUACAUGAUUCCCUACGGAUUCAGGGUGGACGAUCUUCCGAUGGUUCCGCUUGGAAGUACCGCGACCCGCUUCCCGUCCGGGACCAGGUCCAUCUGCUCCUCGGCCGGGUGGCUUCCUGCGCCGUGGAGCUGCGAGAUAAGCGUGGGUGGCUGUGAGUACCGGUGCGCUCCCGGGCCUGACAACGACCCGGUCUGCGUCUGCCCUCCGGGCCGAACCAUCAACCCGGGCAACAAGGUGUCGUGCGAGUCGUCGGGACUGGGAGACCCGUGCGCCGAGCGGCGAUGCCAGCAGAUCUGCUUCAUGGACGGCGCGUGCGGGUGCGAGCACGGCUUCAGGCUGGCGGAGGACGGCACGUCGUGCGUGGACUUCAACGAGUGCACGAACGAGCGUCAGUGUCCCGGAGAGAACUUUAUGUGCGUGAACACGCAGCUCAGAUAUAAGUGCGUGUGCCAGGUUGGGUUCACGAGCAGACGCGGACUGUGCGUAGACAGGGACGAGUGCGUGUCCGCGCCAUGCGAGCACGAGUGCGUGAACACACCUGGCAGCUACAGGUGCCUCUGCUAUGAAGGAUACGUGGUGGACAAAGCGUCUCCGGAUAGGUGCAAACUGUUCUGCGGGAAGGACGAGUGUCCCGCCGUCUGCGACCCGAACGACGGGCGCCAGUGCUACUGCCCGGAAGGGUACGUGGCGGAGGAGAGGCCCGACGGAACCUUCUGUCUGGAAAUAGACGAGUGUGCGUUCUCCUACUGCGACCAAGGAUGCGUAAACACGUUCGGUGGGUACGUGUGCUCCUGCGACCCCGGGUUCAAACUGGUGGAGGAGUACAGGUGCGUAAAAACCGAUGAGGAGGGCCCAGAAGAGGGGGCCCCAACUCCUGACCCAACCAGCCUCAACGAGGAUCCUGAUCCGACACACCGCCCCUCUGCCAUUACUCCCGGAGGUCUAGUGGGCAUCAUCGUGUGCGUGGUGGUCCUCAUCACGCUGCUGGUGUUCGCAGCUCACCUGGGACUCAGGCAGAGGGGCAGGAAGAGCAGCAGCGCCUCGGGGCCCCUCCGGGCUGCUGGGGAGGACAGUCACAGUUUACAGAGGGUCAGGACACACAGCCACGUGGACAGCUUCUAAACACAACAACAGUUGGAUUUGAACAACAUCCCGACUCCUACCUGUGAACAGGUGCUAUGGGGCGCUGAUCGUAAAGUUAUACGUGUAAAAGUGAAUGAAUAAAACUCUGGUGUGAAACA